UACGCAAGCGCUUCUGCUGUCUCUUAGCAUGCAUGCGGCUCAAAUCAGUUCACAGUUCGCGUUUGGUCGCCUAAUUACCUAAUUAUGGGCUGCGCCGCGUCCAGAACACCAGUAGUGGCAGGUGACAGGUUGCGUGUGGACUGGAGCCCGAGGAGUUCCUGCUCUGACCUGGUGCUCUUGGGCAACACACGGACCAGUUUGGCGCACGGCCUGGGCGCAACAUUUGGGCGCUCGGACCGUUUCCUCAAGGUAAAUGUUGAGGACGGCAGCGACAUGUUACCUAAAUCCAGACGAGCUCUCACCAUUCAAGAGAUCGCAGCGCUGGCCAGAUCUUCACUCCACGGUUUCUCGCAGGUGGUCAAAGAUCAUGUGACAAAGCCCACAGCGAUGGCCCAGGGCCGCGUGGCUCACCUGAUCGAGUGGAAGGGCUGGUGUAAACCUACCGACACACCCAUCGCCCUCGAGUCACACCUCACAUCGUACUCGCAUCUGUCCGAGGGCGAGCAGGAGGCACGAUUCGCUGCAGGAGUGGCAGAGCAGUUUGCCAUCGCGGAGGCAAAGCUUCGCGCCUGGUCUUCAGUGGAUGGUGACGAGUCGAACGACGAUUCUUAUGAUGAAGAUUUUCUACCUGCAAACGAGCCUGUUACACAGAGCACAGAUCUGUCCUCGUACCCUCAUUACCUGCGGCAUCUCCUGCACACUCAGGUGUGUCGGGCUCACCUGCGGGGGCGGGGGCGUGGCCUGUGUGAGGUGGAGAGCGGUGUGGGCGGUGACCUUUCACCUCCCGUGGGGUCACCGGGGUCACCGUCGGACACGCUCUGCUCCAGCAUGUGCAGUUUGGACGAGAGACACCCAUUGCUUCGGGAUCUCGGGAGUCACACGGACACGUCUGCCUCCGACAUCACCGCCAAGAUACUCAGUGCUCUUCAGGGAGGGGAGGAGCUGCUGUUAGCCCGCCUACACAGGGCGGGGCACAGACGAGGCAACUCCCCCUGCUGCUUGGAAACAUUUUCCGAGACGUUCGAAGAAGAGGACAUGCCUUGUAAGGAAUGCAGGGGCGGAGUCUGCCUUCCGUCAGAAUAUUCCACACGGAGGAAGGUAUCAGAUGUGGCUUCGUCUGGCAUCGUCUCACUCGAUGAAGACGAUGUGGAGGAUGAAGAGCAAGAAGAACAGUGAACAUUGCAUGUUUCUUUCAAACUCCACCCACUUAUUUGCAUUCGGACUCCACCCUUCGAUUUGCAUUCAUACUUUGCCAUUGAUUUGCAUAUGGGCUCCACCCACUUAUUUGCAUUCAGACUGCACCCACUGGUUUGAAUUCAGGCUCCGCCCACUUAGUUGCAUUCCACUCUGCCUGCUGGUUUGCAUAUGGGCUCCACCCACUUAUUUGCAUUUUGGGCGCCAGUUGCUCUUCUCUUUUGAAAAACACUGAAUCUUUCAUUCUCAGGCUCAUGUAAAAAAUGCAUCUUGACAAACUAAAUGGAGGAACGCAAGACUGACUUCGCCCUAAUUAUCAUGCAUGUGUCAUGCAAGAGCCAGACUGAGCGUGAAGUCCUGGACGUCCAGUUGUUUCGCACUGUUUGUGGAUUUGGCUGUUGUGCAUUCCCGCUCCUCAUGUGACGUCAGGCCCCAUUGCAUUCUGGGUCUUGAUCACAUGAUGCCUGUUCCCUGGUCCCUGGUUGGCAUGGCUUGCUGAUUACGUCAAAAACUUACCGUCGUUUACAAAGAGACGGACGAAUGCUGAAUGUUUAUACCAUUCAAUGACAAAGAAUGCUUAAGAAUACCGACGAUCAAGUUAUGCUGUUUUAUUAUUAUUAUUAUUAUAAAUUUUGAUUAUAUUAUUAAAUGGAAUGUUUGUUUUUGCCUGUUUUAAAGCAUUUUCGUCCUCAGACGGACACAAUGAAUGUUGAUCCAGUGUUGGUGAAUUGUAGAUGUGGGUCAGUUUGAAGGACUUUGGGAGAGUUGCUCUAUUUUUGUACAUGUGGUUUUUGCGGUGAAUUUGAAGUGAGUAACACUGUGGUUCGUUCACAAGAUGCUUGUUUAUUGCUUUCUUUCUCUCUUUCUGUCUCUGAAUUAUCACUGUGUGAUAUUGUCUACAUCAAGAAAAAAUAACACUAAUGUGAAAACGAAA